CAAAAGAUCAGUGUAGAUUCAUCACUCGACUUGGUCGGUUGAUCGUACAAAAUUUGAGUCAAUUCGCUGAUUCGUGUCACACAAAAAGUUUGAAAUAUAACUUUUUUUUUAAAUUAUUUUCUUCUUUGCCUUUCCCUCCCCUCUGUGACUCACUAAAUACAAAAUCAUAGCCAUUUCUCUGGUUGCAUGCGUGCGCGGUUUCUUUUUUUUUCGUUGAUUUCUUUCAAUAAAUCUGCGCGCUUCUGUCAAAGAAAGAGCUCAAAAGAUACUCGUUUCGUUAAAAAAAAUAAAAAUAAAGAUAUAAUUGAACGGUUAAUUUAUUUGAUAUUCAUUCAACGUCUAUGUGUAUCUACUUCACUUUUUUACCGUUAGAUAUUGUGAAUCAAUUGGUCAAUUGUUAUAGAAAGAAAAUAAAUAGUUUUCUCAUUUACUCGAAUAGUUACUUGCUGCGGUGUUUAUUUUCGUUUUAGAGAGUUUUAUCGCUCUUGUAAACAAGUGUGGUAUUUUUCUUUGUGAUUUCACACUAUACUUGCCAGUGGAAUUUGUGAGAUAUUAGAUAUUUUAAUUAUUAUAACUGUGCAAGCAAGUUUUAAAUUUGAUCCAAUUAAUGAAAUUCGAUUGCUGGACCAAAGUAAUGUAUCCUAUGUCAAAAGUUAGCAGGAUUUUGCAACUUUGGUGACAUCAAGGAAAACAAAAACAUCAUCAGCAUCAUCCAACAAUCGAUAAAUCAUCGUUGGUCAACAAUCGAGCCCAGGCCAGCUGAGUGGAGUUUUCUGAGGAAAUCCGAGAUUCAUUCAGGAAAAAUCCCACAGAUUCCAGAUUCCAUCAUUACCCCCACAGCCCUUGUGUGUGGUCAAGAAUCAAAUAAACAAUAGGUAUAUACGAGAGUAUACCGUUUGUGAGGCGAGCUAGAGACGGACGAGGUGUGUACAUUAUUCAAUGUUAGAUAUGACCAAGUCUUUGGUCAUAUUGGCCAUUGUCAGUUGCAUAGUUUUUGAUGGAACAAAUGGUUAUCCUUUUGUGUUCCCAAAUAAUAGAGAUCCAGCGAUAAAAUGGAUAGCACCAGAAGACAAAUGGGACAUUCAUUCGGCGCCAAGGAGUAUUAUUCCACAUGUGGAGCUUAGGAAAUUUCCCAACCGAACAAAUGCCGAGUUGAAUGACAAUGACGAAGAGUUUCUCAAUCACUUGAGAGAGCUGAAAAAGAACACCAGUUCCGCGAGAAUGCUCUGGUUUGAUACUCCUUCAGAUGGACUCACUUAUUUGCCGUUUGUUGACAAGGCCCUGAGACUUCUUAACCUGAAACAGGUAGCCUAUGAAGUGGAGAACAGUGUAAUGUCGAAAGUGUCCUGUACGGCAUGUAAAGCUGGCGCUGGACUUCUUCAGCAUUAUAUUCGUACUGGAAAGACUGAGGCUGAGAUCAUUAAAAUGAUCUACGAGUUCUGUGUUAAUCUACAAAUUCAAAGUCCCAGAGUUUGUCAAGGAGUCAGUCAGUUAUUUGGGGGUGAAGUUGUGUAUGUCUUGAAGAGGACUCCCCUCGGUCCAGAUGAGAUAUGCAGUUUUGUGAUUGGUGACGCAUGUGGAGAUGUUUACAAUCCUUAUCAUGAAUGGGAAGUUGCAUUCCCUCCAGUUCCUAAACCUCCCGUCCAAGAAGUGCCUAUUCCCAAAGAAGGAGCACCAUUUUUCAAAGUUCUUCACAUCUCCGAUACUCAUUAUGAUCCACACUACGUCGAAGGCUCCAAUGCCGAAUGUAAUGAACCACUUUGUUGUCGUUUGAGUAGUGGACGUCCAUCGAAUCCUAAUGCCGCUGCAGGCAAAUGGGGAGACUAUCGAAAAUGUGACACACCCAAACGGACUGUGGACAAUCUGUUAUCACAUAUUGCUGAUACCCAUCAGGAUAUUGAUUAUAUCCUGUGGACAGGUGAUUUACCUCCACAUGAUGUUUGGAAUCAAACAAAACGAGAGAACCUGGAAAUCAUUAAGGAAACAGUGAAACAGAUGACUGAAAAAUUCCCAGGAGUGCCGAUAUUCCCAGCUCUGGGAAAUCAUGAAAGUGCACCAGUUAACAGCUUUCCACCACCCUAUGUGAAUCAGGAAGAUAAUUCUAUCUCGUGGCUUUAUGAUGAACUUGAUGUGCAAUGGAGGCGUUGGUUACCUGCAAGUGUAUCGCAUACUGUUCGGCGAGGUGCUUUCUAUUCGGUAUUGGUUCGUCCUGGUUUUCGAAUUAUUUCGUUGAACAUGAAUUAUUGUAAUAAUAAGAAUUGGUGGCUUCUACUCAACUCCACUGAUCCAGCUACAGAACUUCAAUGGUUCAUCUAUGAACUUCAAAGUGCUGAGUUCUCGAAUGAAAAGGUUCAUGUCAUUGGUCAUGUUCCUCCAGGACAUUCGGAUUGUCUCAAAGUCUGGUCAAGAAAUUUCUACAGGAUAAUUGCACGAUAUGAGAAUACAAUAGUUUCACAAUUUUAUGGUCAUACACAUUUUGACGAGUUUGAAGUUUUCUACGAUCCUGCUGAUUUAGGCCAUACAACAAGUGUUGCUUAUAUUGGACCAUCGGUAUCACCAUAUUAUGAUUUGAAUCCUGGCUACAGAAUUUAUUAUAUUGACGGAGAUCAUGAUCAAACAACAAGAUUAGUUAUUGAUCAUGAAUCAUGGAUUAUGAAUUUGAAAGAAGCUAAUUUGUAUGAUUAUCCAAUUUGGUACAAAUUAUACACAACAAGAGCGGCGUAUAGUAUGACAGCUUUAAGACCUCAAGAUUGGGAUAAUCUGAUAGAUGAGAUGGCUAACAAUCAGGAAUUGUUUGAUGUGUAUUACAAAAACUAUUGGAAACAUUCCCCAGUGAAACCCUCAUGUGACCACGAAUGUCGAAAACGUAUGCUUUGCGAUUGCAAAAGUGGUCGCAGUCAUGAUCGCAAGCACUUUUGUCAAGAUGUCGAGGCCAAAGUGGACGUUGGUACAUCCAAAGGAUGGAAAGAUUGGAUUUUCAAAGGAUUCUCCGCAUCCAGUUCUUCCGAAGAUGAAGGCCUUGAGAAUAAUUUACUCACCAACAGUAACGUUAAAAAGGACAACACGGAUGCAAAUCAUAAUAUUAUUGGAACAACUGAAAGAAUUCCGGAAGUGAUUUAUGUUGGUGGAGGUGGGCAGUAAAAAAAAUUUUUAUAUAAAAUACGUAUGCUAGCCCAAAAACUUCCCAUAUAAAUGGUAGCAUAAGGACGAUGAAAACCCUGAAAAAUAAAGGAAAUUUUUAUGGGUUGAUUAUGUAGAAUUUAUUAAAUAAGUUUUUUUUUUGUUUGCUUUAUUACUAAGGGUAUAUACGUAAAGCUACUUUUGAAGGUUUCAAAGGGCAAUGGGUGGUUACUGGCAAUAAAUAACCACAGAGAAGGACUCAGUUGAAAGUUAAUAGCUUUAACGGUGUAAUUUGACUUGGUUAAAUUUUAAGUUAUGUUAUUUUGUGUUAUUAGAUUUAUUGAUAAGGGAAAAUAAAUGAUUAUUUUUUGAAAAUCAA